CUCCGGAAACACUCUGGAGACGGUGAUACAACGCGCCCAGACAGCGGCGGACGUUCUGGCCGCCUGGGCUCACCGAAACAAGAUGCUGGUGGCCGGAGAGAAAACCCAGCUGCUAGUGCUGUCGCAGAACGCCAAGGACGCCGUCGGGUGCACUAUCAAGGUGUCAGGGAAGACGGUGCGGGCGGGCGACUCACUGGUGCUCCUGGGCAUCGAGAUCGACCGCCGACUCCAGUUCGGAGCACACUGCCGCCGUCUGAGAAGACGGGUCCGCCCCCACGUCGCUCACCUGAGACGCCUAGCCGGCCGUAGCUGGGGGCUGGACGAACAGGCCCUGCGAACAGUCGCAAACGGAUAUGUCCGGGGGGCUCUGGAGCACGCUGCCGCUGCAUGGCUGCCAGCAGCUGCGCCGUCUCACGCCGAGCUCAUUGAGCGCGAGAUGAGGGCGGCCGCGCGGAUCGUCACCGGAUGCCCCCGCUCCACGCCGACACACGCGGUGAUGGCGGAGGCGGGGCUGGCCCCUAUGGAAGAACGGAAGAAGGUCCUCGCCGCUCGGGUACUGGGCCGUGCCCUGGCGUUACCGCCGACCGACCCCCUGCGCAGGACAGCUGAGGCCACGGCGCCCUCGCGGCUGUCUUCUGUGCGGGGGUGGCGAACGCUGGGCCGCCAGAUGCUGGCUGAGGUGGAGGUCACCGCACCAAUCGAACCGGUGCUGCCUCCUCGCAUCCUGCCGUGGGAGCGCGGAGGAAACGUCACAUUCUGCCUGGACGUGGGGCCGCUACGAACCGGUGCGACAGAGGGAGAGAAGAUACGGGCUGCCACCCGUCAUCUUGCCGCUCUGCCACAGAGAGCAACCUGGUUGUGGACAGACGGCUCCGUGGAGGGUGGCGUCAAGGACGGAGGUUCUGGAGCUGUGGUCAUCUGGUCGGACGGGGAGGAGGAAGACCUGAAGACACCGGCCGGUCGACACUGCUCCAGCUACCGAGCAGAGAUGCUCGCCCUGGCGUCCGGGCUUGAGCACCUGCUCGACAACCCACGAGACCGUGACACCCCCAUCGUGAUCUGCACGGACAGUAUGGCCUCCCUGGCUACCCUCCGGGCGGGGCCAACCGCGCAGACGUCACCGCUAGGCGUCAGGAUCUGGCGGGCGUUUUCGCGUCUGUCCCGGGAGGGUCACCGCCUGAUUCAAGCCCAGUGGGUGCCUUCCCACUGCGGGAUCGAAGGCAACGAGCGGGCAGACGCCAUAGCAAAGGAAGCGGCGGAGCUACCACAGGAGGACAUCCCCGUCGACACCAGGACCAUCUGCCGAGCAGUAGCCAGAGCCGCCAGAGAGGCUACCAUCAAGAACUGGCCAGCCGGGUGGUUUCGGUCCGUGAUGGGCGACCGCCUACCGCCCCGAGUUACCGGCUUGGAGCGGUCCAGCGCGGUGGAUGUCCACCAGCUGAGGGCCGGGCACUGGUCUGGUGCCCGGUCCUACCUGCACAGAAUCGGACGCUCCCCGUCUCCGAUCCCAGGCGGAUGCCAGGGGUGCAACAGAGACGAAUGUCGAGAGUCCUGGUGCCCCCUGUGCCGAGAGGAGCCGGACAAGCCGGACCAUGUCCUCCUCCGCUGCCCCGCCCUGAUGGGAACGAGAACAAGAACAUGUUAUACCAUCCACCCGGAACCGGAGGAGGUCCGGGAGACCGCCGUGGUGGCGGCCCUGGCGGCGGCCGCCAGAGGCGCCCAGAGCCGACAGGCUACACUUCACUGA